AUGGGACAGGGUGCAGUCUUACCCCACUGCGGCCUGGGUCUGGGGGCCGUGGUGGCGCUGGGACUGGGGGCCCUGCUGCUGCUGCUGGUGCUGGUGGACGUCACCUGCUUCUUCCUGCGGCACUGCGGUCUGCUCAUGUGCAUCACGCGGACCGUCUGCGGCAAGAAGACCGCCACCGGGGCCAAGGGCAAGGAGAUGGAGGAGGGGAAGGCGGCCUAUCUGAAGUUACCGCUGAAGGAAGAAAAUGGCAAAGAGUCUCUCAAGCCGGAUACGAUUGAAAUCAAAGUGCACAGCGACAACAGUCUGCACACACAGCCCAACAUCAGCAAAGCGUAA